AUGGACAGCGCGGCCGGCGCCGCCUUCGCCCCGGACAAGCCGGCGCUGGGCCCGGGGCCGCCGCCGCCGCCGCCGCCGCCAGCGCUGGGGCCCGGCGACUGCGCCCAGGCGCGCAAGAACUUCACGGUCAGCCACCUCCUGGACCUGGAGGAGGUGGCGGCGGCCGGGCGGCUAGUGCCGCGCCCCGCGGCCAGGGCAGAGGCGCGGGAGGGCGCGGCGCGGGAGCCGUCCGGGGGCAGCAGCGGCAGCGAGGCGGCGCCGCAGGACGGUGAGUGUCCCAGCCCCGGGCGCGGCGGCGCCGCCAAGCGGAAGAAGAAGCAGCGGCGGAACCGCACCACGUUCAACAGCAGCCAGCUGCAGGCGCUGGAGCGCGUGUUCGAGCGCACGCACUACCCCGACGCCUUCGUGCGGGAGGAGCUCGCCCGGCGCGUCAAUCUCAGCGAGGCGCGUGUCCAGGUCUGGUUUCAGAACCGCCGGGCCAAGUUCCGCCGAAAUGAGCGGGCCAUGCUGGCCAACCGCUCAGCCUCACUGCUCAAGUCCUACAGCCAGGAAGCCGCCAUCGAGCAGCCCGUGGCUCCCCGGCCCACUGCCCUGAGCCCCGAUUAUCUCUCCUGGACGGCCUCGUCCCCCUACAGCACGGUGCCGCCAUACAGCCCAGGAGGCUCAGGCCCUGCGACCCCGGGGGUCAACAUGGCCAACAGCAUCGCCAGCCUCCGUCUCAAGGCCAAGGAGUUCAGCCUGCAUCAUAGCCAGGUGCCCACGGUGAACUGACAGCCAGCCCCACCAGGACCCCGCUGCCUCCCUGGUCUCACGACAGCAGAAAAGAGGGCAGACACGCAGGAAGGUGACCUUCUCCUGUCCCCUGUCUCCAGGACAGGCUGGGUGGGCUCUCCUGGCCCCUCUCUUCAGCCCGGACUUCUGGGCCCAAGAGGCUGCUGAGGUGCCCAGAGCCUGGCUCAGCCCCUCAUCCACGGCCGCUGGAGACCGCGGCCCCUGACCCUUGGAGGUGUUGGGCUGGAAGGCUAGAGCAGCGGCUCACCAAGGACCUCACUUACUUUGUGUAUUAAAGCCAAAAAGCUGUUGUCUUUAAGAAAUAAAAAAAAAAUUUUUAAGCCCCAAAAGAUUGCGGGAGGGCGGACAAGGGCAGCAAACCGAUGAAGGGACGGCCUUUUGGGGCCAGCUGCCCUUGUCUGUGUGCCUCUUUCUGCAGGAAGUCCUCCAUCACCCUGUAGAGCCCCAGGGGUGGGGAGCGGGGUAGGAAGACAGAGACCUGCCCUGGAACCCCUGACACCCGGGUGUUUGGGAGAAACCCUGAUGUGUGACCCUGGCCAGGACCCGAACCCUCUCUGUGCAGGGAGUGUCUCCCCUGCCCUAUGGCAGGAGCAGAGGGUGUGUGGAGGCAGACGCUAGAAUUAAAUCCCUUGCUGCUGGGCAUGCAGAAGCUGGGGGUCCCCUGGGCAUUUGACUGUGGGGGACCCGGGCAGAUGGCCCAGAAUGUCGGGGUGCAGAGUGGAGGUCCCAGGUGGGCUCACAGGACAGACGGGUGGUCCUAACAGACAGGGCCACCAGAGACCUUCUUCCAAGUCCUCCAACCUACCGUUUCAGAGAUGGUCACUGGGGGUGACAGAGGACACAUGUGCCACCAGGCACUGACAUCACUUAUGAGGCGUCUGCAGAAAACUGGGGGGUGAGGGGAAUGGUCUGAAGCCAGCCCUCUCCACCUGGCCCCAUGCCACGCCUCCUGAUGGGCACACCCUCCAGGGAAGUUAAGAGAUCAUUUCUGGGAAUUCCCUGGUGAUCCAUCCGGUGGUUAGGACUCGCUGCUUUCACUGCCAGGGCCCGGAUUCCAUCCCUGCUCGGGGAACUAAGAUCCCAAAAGCCAUGCGGCCGGAAAAAAUAAAAUAAAAUAAAUAAAGCGAUCCUUUCUGAAACCAGCCCCCAGGAAGUAAGACAACACUUCCCGACCCCCAGAGGGCGCAAAGAUGCUCAGCCCCUCCGGAGGGGCGGCCCUCACAGUGACACAGCCAUCACACCUCUGGACUCCAUGGAUGGACCCCAUUUCUCUAGUCUGCCCCGCCCACACCACAUCAAAUCCCCCCCAAAGGGCCAGUGCCCCCCCCACCAGCCACAGGCUGCAUCUUCUAGGUGACCUUGAAUAGGUCAAAGCCACAUGACAAUCCUAACACGAGGGAUGGUCCCCAUUUUUGUUUUAGAAGGUGUAAGUAACCCCUGAGUGAGGUGAGGACCCUCCCCAUCUCCCCCAAUUUACCCCCAGAGAUUCUUCCCCAUCCUCCAUCGGGAAUUCCACCAUGAAAACACGGUUCUGGGCUUCCCUGGUGGCGCAGUGGUUAAGAGUCCGCCCACCAACGC